AAAGACAACAAGCAUUGACCGACGCAACCCCACCUCAUCAUCUCCUCCCCUCCCCCAAACCCAUGCCAUUCCACCACCUUCCAAACGAGAUAAUAAUCCUAAUAGCCCGGGAGGUCGAAGAUCUCCCAGACCUCAACGCCCUCCUCCGGACAAACCGCCACCUGAUAACCCUCCUCAAGGAGGAGCUGAUUGAGGCAGUGUUCCGCACACACAACGCCAGGCGUGCCCGAAAAUUCCUCUUCAACGCCGCUGGCCGUGCAGACAAGCGCACCUGCGAGAACCUCAUCUGCCAGAGGGGAAUCCUAGAUCUAGCGCACUUCUACACCGGUGCGGUCCUGAACGACGCGAUAUCAGAUGCCAACAUCACCGCGCUACGCACCCUGCUGGGGUGCCCGGGUGUCAGCGUAAAUGAGCUGAGCUUCUCUGGCAGCUCACCGCUAUUCUACGCCGUCAACCGGAGGAAUAUCCAGGCGGUGCAAGCGCUCCUGCAGAUGCCGGAUCUGAACAUCAACUUUCACUCCAUGGUCUACAGAUCCGCCUUGGGUUUCGCUGUCGCCGAGAACUACGAGGAUUUGGUUCACCUACUACUCACGGAUCCGAGGAUUGAUGUCAAUUGUCGGGGGUACCAUGGUAGAUCUGUGCUGCAUACCGCCGCCAGCAAGGGUCUCGAGUCGAUCGUCAGGGCACUUUUGAGCCACAUGGAUAUCAAGGUUAAUACCCAAACGGGCAGUGGGGACACGCCGUUACAUUUCGCGGCUGCAGAAGGAUUUUCAGCCGUGGUGAGGUUGCUGAUUGCAGACGAGCGGGUUGAUGUCAAUCGGGAGAAUAUACGGCGGCGUUCCCCGUUGCAGGAGGCAGCGUACAGGAGGCAGCAGAACGUCAUGUCUAUCCUUUUGAGCGAUGAGAGGGUUAGCACACGGUUCGGGCGGCGGGAUCGGCAUUCCCCCUAUAGCACGGUGAGACCAUCUGAUGUCUUGUGAAUCAUAAGGCGCUAAUUAUUUGUUACAGCGAUCAUUGCCCUUUCACCACCCAACCCUUAUGGAAGAGCGCUGAGGGCCAGAAACUCUCCGAUUAUCAUGACUCGUGGCUGUCGAGCGCAGCCGCGCUACAACUAUCAGCACUCAUUGCAGAAAUCAAUAAUUGAGCACCACAUUAUCAUAGCUAAGAAAUUGAUUAAAAUUGAAAGUCUUC